AUCAUAAAUAUGAAGUGCAUGGUGUAAGGAACUUUCAAUGUACCAGAUGCCCAAUGAAAACAUCGUCUAUGCUGGAAUACAUAGCACAUAUGAAACUAUAUCCAACACAUAUGAAUUCUCCCUCAAUUGACCGACCAGGCCAAUGCAAUGCGGGAAAUAGAUCAACCAGGAAUAAUAAUGAGAGAAAACACAUACAACAAACACUCAACGGAAAAGGAAAACAACCAGUUGCUAAUAUAUCAGCUAUACAUAAUCAGAGUUAUACCUGCAUAGAGUGUACGUUUUCAACACCAGACAUGAGAACAUUUGUAAAUCACAAAUUUGAAACACAUAAACACCGAUGGUUCAAAUGUCCUAAAUGUCGUGUAUGCUCGUCAUCUACAAAUGCCAGCAUGGAACAUUUCCGGAAAAAUCCCAGUCACCUGAUACCAUAUGUGGAAGAAAAAACACCGGAUAAUCACUCUGAUAACCUGAUAAUUGGACCGAGACGAGAGAAACAACACCGAUAUAAGUCGGAUGAAAACUUGAUCAUCGAGGUAAAGAAAGAAGGCGACAAAGAAAAGAUUGUUAUAACACCCAAAUCUUAUUUUUUCAAGAACAGAGAUAAAAGGGAAAUAACAUUCUAUUGUGAGGUUUGUAAAUUCAAUGCAUCCACCUACAAGAAGGUCUUAUUGCACAGAAAAACAAUCCACAACUUGGAUAUGAAAUGCUCUGGGUGUUCUCACACAACAUCGACGAUAUGCGAAUUAAAGGAACAUAUAGUGCAAAAUCCCACUCAUAUGACUGAGUAUGUCUCAUGCAACCUUUGCAAUUUUGGGACCUACGAUCAACUGGUGUUAAUCAGCCAUAAGGAAAGUGAACAUUUUCGAAAUGUUCAAGCCGUAAGUGAGUGAUAAUCAGAGACAGUGAUAAUAUAGUUUGUGAGUUGAAAGUGUUAAGCGCCCGAAUCAUAACCAGGCAAUGACGUCAGGAACCAAAA